AUGACGAAGGCCGUUGAAAAGGUACUCGACGACGGAAAGGAAUUCUACAAUGUAGGAGUAAAUACGUUGCUAAAGGAUCAGGAUGUUCAUUACUUUCCCCGAGAACCUUCCGGAAAGCUGCACUCGUCGAGAGAUUUAAUAGGACUUUAAAAACAAGAAUGUGGAAAUAUUUUACGGAAAACAAUACGAAAGUUUAGGUGGAUUUUCUACCUGCCCUCGUCAAGUCCUAUAAUAAUUCCACACACAGGACGAUCGGGAUGAAACCGGCAGACGUGAACGAGGAGAACAAGGACGAAGUUUGGACAAGGGUUUAUGGAUAUCCACUGGACAGUUUUCCAAAACCAAGUUCAAAGUCGGGGAUCAUGUCAGGGUGGAGAUAAAACAAAAGACCUUUGAAAAGGGAUACGAACCCAAUUUCGACAACGAACUAUACGUGAUCACGACAGUGCUUCGGGAAGAUCCCAACUUGCACAGUCUUAAGGAUCCAGAUGACGGGGAAGACAUUUUAGGAAGUAUUACGAACAGGAAUUAUGUUCAGACUUAAAUAAAUAUGGAAACAGUGGAGAUGCAUACUUCGACCGACCGGAAGGUGGUGACGAAGCCGAAGGAGGUGAGGACGAAACGAUCAUUGACGAAGACGACUUCAUCGAUCACCUCAACCAAACUGCCGACAAACUAGAUGAAGCAAAAACCUCCACCUUCCGUGAUGAGAACAGGGAAGACAAAUACGAAAAGAGGAAAAGGCGAACAGAUGAACUGCGCACAUACGGAAAAUUUGAUACCAUAAGGGGAGAAUUUGUCAGAAGGUUGUUGGGAAGUGAAUACCGAAUAGAUUUGAACGACGGAGAAAAUUCCAAAGAAUUUAUCGAUCAUUUGGACAGCACUAAACAUGAGCGGAAAUUUAACGGAACCGUUGUCGGAUACAUCGGUACGAACGGUGCGUACAGAAUGUCCGAAAGUGGAAUUGAAAGAUAA